ACAGCGUGGCAUCGUCUGUAUUUUUUGCUGCCCGAAGAAGAUGACUUUUGUUUUGUUUACCUUCACUGUCUAACAGAUUCUUUGAAAAUGACUAAACGUCCAUUUACUGAUGUUUGUUUAUUUUUUUAAUAGUCUCACUUCAUCUAAACUGAGCCUUGCCCAGGUUGUGUGUGAAACCAACAGGGUUUAUUGAACUAGCAUUAGCUUUCCUGGCUAACAUGGAGGAACCGUGGGAUUUCGAGUUCCUCUCUCGCGUCGUGGACAGUUUAGUGUCAUUUCUGGCCGAAUUUGUGGACGACUGGCUGGCCAACGACAUGAGAGUCGCCGUGUUCAAAAUCCUUUUCAGCUGGCUCAUCCUCAGUUUAAUUGCCAUACAUUUCGCUUGGAAAGUUUACGGUAACAGAGUGAACGAUAUGUACUACAGGCAAGGAACUGGGGGACAGAAAGGUGGCACACCAGAUACAGCAACUCACCUGAGUGGAUGGGAGAAUGCUGCCAGAGAAAUCCUAAAGUCACACCAUGAGUGAUGGGACCACGUUGACUAAGAAUACCCAAGUCUCACUGUAACCACACUGCUGAAAGAUAACAAAAAAACAUUCCAGAGGUGCGCAUAUGAAGGCCUUGGAAGUCAUGGUGAUACUUAUGGCCAGUGACCAGUUAGGUGGCUUGGCGAAAAUUAUUCGAAAUGGCGUUUGAGACGUCUAGCGGCACUUUGUUUGAAAGACUCCGUAAUUAAGUAAAAUCUAUGGAUCCUGAUAUGUAUUGAACUUCAUGUCCAUCCUUUCAGUUGCAAGCUUGUACAUAUAACAGUGAAGACCAUAUAGCUCUCCUAGUCUCAGCAUGCUCGGGUUUUCAGCAAAACUAAUACAUUACCAUUUAAUUUAUUUAAAAAUAUUUCGCAUUACUUAACCUUCCAGCUGAGUCUGAACACAAAAGGGACCGAAUUGACUACAACUAUACAUAAUAAAUAAUAAAGUGAUAAUAAUAAUAAAGUGAAUUUGUUAACUAUUUUACACUCAACAGAUGACCCAGAAAAACAAUGCAGUGCUGUCUUAUAAGCCUUACCGAAAAUACUUCAUAGGUGUAUGCAAAUAACUAACGUAUUUGUCUGCAGGCUAACCAAGCGUUGGUUUUUGCAGAAAAACAGACUGUCUACCACGUCACACAUCCCUAUGCACUCUGAAGUGA